AUGAAGCAAGCCUUGGCGCCAAAGAAUCUUGACCUUGCAGCUGCACAGAAGGAGGCUAAUAAAAAGACCGCACUUGCUGACAAGAAGCUGGCUUUAGUCGAAGCACUGGAGGAAGACAACGCCAAGCUAAAGGCAUCUCUCACCGAGGACAACAAAGAAGCGACCUGUUUGAAGAAGGACAAAGUUGCUCUGAACGAGAAGAUUGAAGGCAUUUCUCGUAAGAGAAAUGACCUAGAGGCUUAUCUGGGGGCACUCGCCAAAAAGUUGUUCCUUAUGCUUGAAGAAGAGACUGGGCGGGUCGAGACAGGUCUGGACGCUGUCCUUUCUCCCAUCGGUGAUGAUGCUACUAUGAACGUGCUUCGACUGGAAUCCCGUGUUGCCAAUGUUACAAGCUACCUUGCUCGCCUGAAGGUGGCUGUGUCGCGCAUUGAUACAGCACUCUGGCCAAGGGCGGUGCCUCAAAAUGAUCUCGAGUCUCUGAUGAGUCGAGUCAAUGUGGUCCCUGGCCGAGUGCAAGAAUGGAAAAAGUCUUCUGCUCAAUGUGGUGUUGACGUGGCUCUUUCACUGGUUCGUGUCCACUGCAAGGAAACCCAAGAAGAGAAGCUGGCAGCGAUCAAAGUUGCCAAUACCAAGAGGCAUGACUUUCGAUCAUUCAUGGAAACCUUCAUUGCUGCUGCCACUCGGAUUGCUGACGUGAUUGAUCUGGACGAGUUCGUCGAGCCUGACGCAAACCCCACGCCGCUCUUCCUCCGCCCGUCGACCCACCCCGUCCCUGAUGCCUCACUCGCCGCGCUCGUCCCGCCCUCGGCGCCGCACCUCCACUGCCACCUCCGCUGGCUCCUCGCCUCCGCCUCCGCCUCGGGCGGAUGGCCGACACCGACGCCGAGAGCCACGGGCCGCCGCCGACGUGAGGAGGGGGAUCUUCGACCGCCUGCAGGCCGCCAGCAACCAGGAGGCGCUUCCGUCCACGGCCACUCGUUCCUCACCACCACCACCACCACCGGUCACCACCCACCGCUCACCGUCGGCGUACGAAAUGCUGUCCGCGUCCCUGAAGACGCCGCCCUCCCUCGCGGCGCUCUCCCCGUCCGCCUGCGCCCCCGUGCCGGCCGCCUCCUUCCCGCCCCUUCUUCCCAGCCGCGGCCGCUUCCCCCUCUCGGCGGCCGCGUCCGAAGGCGCCACCGUCAGCCAGGAGGCGCGCCUCUCGAGGAGGCGCGCCUGGCCCAGUUCGCGGCGGACUGGAAGGCUGUGCGCGCGGACAAGGACCAGGGGAAGAUCCUCACACUGCCCGUGCUGCGGUCAAACACCGGUGGAAUCAUCCUCAAGUACAACUCCAUGCAGGGCUUCAUGCCCAACCCUCUCCUCAGCCCCGCCCAUUGGUGUAAAGAUCCCAAAAGGCCCAUUCAAGAUGUUACAAAGGACCUAGUAGGUUCCUUGUUUCUGUCAAGGUCGCGGCGACCACCAAGAAGACACCCAACACCCGCAUCCCAAACUACCCGAGCCUGCCGUCGCAGCUGCUAUGUCAAGUCCACAACAUCACCAUGCAUGCUGACAAGGACACCGACGAGGUCUACUCACAGAUGACUCCGCAACCAGUAAACUCUAAGCUCAAGGUGAAGAAGGCCAUCGAGAAGGGCAACACCGACAGCGCCCAGAUCUAUUGAGGUGGCGCCUAGUCUUCAUGCGGUCCUUUUGUCAUGAAAGAAUAGUGUUACAAAUCCUUCACGCUGCUAUUGAAUACUCCUGCUGCCACACAAGACGACCAAGAUGAGUCCGUCGAUGAAGCAACAGCGUCUCCUCUAGAGGGUGAUGGUGGCGGCGCCUGUGUGCGGCUUCGACUACAACCUCCUCUCUGGAGCUCCAGUCCUAAGAAAGUUGGAAGUGCGAAGACGUGAAGAAAAGCGCGAAGUUGUGAAGUGCGACUCAGCAAAGAGUUGUCUGUUCUAUUUGAUAUAAUAUUGUAAUAGCUGGUAUACCCUAGGUUGUAAUAGUCUACAGAAAUUGUAAUACACUAAUCUAGUGUUAUUUGAUGAAUUUCACAUGUUCUCUUGUUUGGAAUAUUUGAUUAUGAAUGUGAUUUGAUAGUGUGUGA